UUCCUUGUGUAAUGAGGAGGCGUAUGUAUUAGCGAGUCACUUUUUAAGAACUUGGCAGACUUCUUUUCUGGAGUUAUACAUAUAACCGGAGAACUGGUGGAGCUGAAGAAAUAUAUAUUUUUAAAAGUUAGAUUAAAAUGCAACGCUGUGUAAAAUCCUGGGGUCUCAUCUCUAGGUCGGCGAACACUCACGUGCCAUGUAGAAAACUAGCUGGUAAAAGCGGCGCUUUACACAAGCCUCUAGCAAACAGAUUUUUGAAAGAAACUGAACACGUUUUUCUGUCUUUGCGCGGUGUUCGGUGUUCUGCAGUUACAUUCACAUCCAGGCAGAUCGAGAGAAUACUGCCAAGGCACGAUGAUUUCGCCGAAAGACAUAUUGGACCAGGUGACAAAGAGAAAAGCGAGAUGCUCGACACCCUUGGAUUUAAGACAAUUGGAGAAUUGAUUGAAAAAACUCUCCCAGCCUCAAUCCGUUUACAAAGAAGUUUGAAAAUGGAUGACCCAGUUUGUGAGAAUGAAAUUCUGGACACCUUGCAGAAGAUAGCGAGCAGGAAUAAGCUGUGGAGGUCCUACAUCGGAAUGGGCUACUACAACUGCUCUGUGCCUCCUGUCAUACAAAGGAAUCUUCUGGAGAACUCUGGAUGGGUAACGCAGUACACCCCCUACCAGCCGGAGGUGUCUCAGGGUCGUCUGGAGAGCUUGCUGAACUACCAGACCAUGGUGUGUGACCUCACAGGCAUGGCCGUAGCCAACGCCUCGCUCCUGGACGAAGGCACGGCGGCGGCGGAGGCGAUGCAGCUCUGUCACAGGCAGAAUAAACGGAGGACAUUUUAUAUCGACCCUCGCUGCCACCCUCAGACCAUUGCCGUUGUACAGACCAGAGCCAACUACAUAGGAGUGAAAACAGAGUUAAAAAUGCCUCAUGAGAUGGACUUCAGUGGAAGGGACGUUUCCGGCGUGCUGUUCCAGUAUCCCGACACGGAGGGUCGAGUGGAGGACUUCGCUGGGUUGGUGGACCGUGCACACAAGGCUGGGGCUCUGACCUGCUGUGCCACUGAUCUGCUGGCGCUGUGUGUGCUGCGCCCGCCGGGCGAGUUUGGCGUGGACAUCGCGCUCGGGAGCUCGCAGAGGUUCGGCGUGCCGCUCUGCUACGGCGGCCCGCACGCCGCCUUCUUCUCCGUCAGAGAGAGCCUGGUGAGGAUGAUGCCCGGGAGGAUGGUCGGAGUCACCAGAGAUGCAGCAGGUAAAGAGGUGUACCGGCUGGCCCUGCAGACCAGAGAGCAGCACAUCCGCAGGGACAAGGCCACAAGCAACAUCUGCACGGCUCAGGCUCUUCUUGCCAACAUGGCCGUCAUGUUUGCGCUGUACCACGGGCCCCAGGGUCUCAAGCACAUUGCGAAGAGGACACACAAUGCCACCCUCAUCCUCGCUGAAGGUCUGAAGCGAGCGGGACACAAGCUACAGCAUGAAAUGUUCUUUGACACGCUGAAGAUCCACUGCAGUGUGGCGGUCAAAGACAUCCUGGAGAGGGCGGUGCAAAGACAGAUCAAUCUGCGGGUCUACAGCGAAGGACUGCUGGGCAUCUCCCUGGAUGAGACAGUGACAGAGAAGGAUUUGGAUGAUCUUCUCUGGGUGUUUGGCUGUGAAUCAUCAGCGGAGCUGAUUGCUGAGAAAAUGGGGGAGAGGAUGAAAGGCAUUCUGGCAACUCCGUUCAAGAGGACCAGCGACUUCCUCACACACACCGUGUUCAACAGUUAUCACUCCGAGACCAAUAUUGUUCGCUACAUGAAGCGUCUGGAGAACAAAGACAUAUCUCUCGUGCACAGUAUGAUUCCUCUGGGCUCUUGCACUAUGAAGCUGAACAGUUCCUCUGAACUCAUGCCAAUCACAUGGAAGGAGUUUGCGAACCUGCACCCCUUUGUGCCGCUGGACCAGGCAGAGGGGUAUCAGCAGCUCUUCCGGCAGCUGGAGAGAGACCUGUGUGAGGUCACAGGAUACGACAAGAUCUCAUUUCAGCCCAACAGUGGAGCUCAGGGUGAAUAUGCUGGCCUCGCAGCCAUCAAAGCCUAUCUGAACUCCAAAGGAGAGGCUCAUCGAAAGGUGUGUCUGAUCCCUAAAUCGGCCCACGGGACGAACCCUGCCAGUGCACAGAUGGCUGGGAUGAAGGUGCAGGUGGUGGAGGUCGAUCGGGACGGCAAUAUUGACGUGGCACACCUGAAAGCUAUGGUGGACAAACACAAGGCCAACCUGGCAGCCAUGAUGAUCACGUACCCCUCCACGAACGGCGUGUUCGAGGAGAACAUCAGGGAGGUCUGUGACCUCAUCCACCUGAACGGGGGGCAGGUGUACCUGGAUGGAGCCAACAUGAAUGCUCAGGUUGGCUUGUGUCGCCCGGGUGACUACGGGUCAGAUGUGUCGCACCUGAACCUCCACAAAACCUUCUGCAUUCCCCAUGGAGGCGGAGGCCCAGGCAUGGGUCCUAUUGGAGUAAAGCAGCACCUUGCUCCAUUCCUGCCAAGCCACCCAGUGGUCAGUCUGAAGUCAGAUGAUGCCGUGUCCUCCCUGGGCACCAUCAGUGCUGCCCCCUGGGGGUCCAGUGCCAUCCUGCCCAUCUCCUGGGCCUACAUCAAAAUGAUGGGGGCAAAGGGCCUGGUGCACGCCACAGAGGUGGCCAUCCUCAACGCCAACUAUAUGGCCAAGCGACUGGAGAGCCACUACAAGGUCCUCUUCAGGGGUGUCCGUGGGUUUGUCGCUCAUGAGUUCAUCUUGGACGUGAGACCAUACAAGAAGACCGCCAAUAUUGAGGCAGUGGAUAUCGCCAAGAGGCUCCAGGAUUAUGGCUUCCACGCCCCCACCAUGUCCUGGCCAGUGGCGGGGACGCUGAUGAUCGAGCCCACCGAGUCGGAGGACAAGGCGGAGCUGGACCGCUUCUGUGACGCGCUCGCCAGCAUCCGGCAGGAGAUCGCCGACAUCGAGGAGGGAAGGAUGGACUCGCGGAUCAACCCGCUGAAGAUGUCGCCUCACUCCUUGGCCUGCAUCUCUGCGUCUACGUGGGACCGGCCGUACUCCCGAGAGAGCGCUGCAUUUCCACUGCCUUUUGUAAAACCGGAAAGCAAGUUCUGGCCCAGUAUCUCACGGAUCGAUGACAUUUAUGGCGACCAGCACCUGGUGUGCACCUGCCCACCCAUGGAAGUCUACGAGUCCCCCUUUGAAGAAAAGAGAGCUUCGUCAUGACAGCAGAUCAGAAGUUUCUCACAGAAGAGAACAGCAGAAGGACAGCCCCUCCUGUUCCCUCUCCCAGGGUUUAUUCAUGAUGUGGAUUCGGUGCCUCAGAUUUCAGACACUCUGUACAAACACACGUAGUUGCCUUGAGACUACACUUCACUGUCGGUCCCUUCCUGCACUAAAAACUCAUUUCAUCUGUUAAAUCGUAUCACUGGAUCUGCGUGCUCUUUGUUUAUAGUUGUUUUUUGUGGGGGGGAAAUGGUAGAGAAUAUUGUCUGAAUUGUGUGUGUGACAUUUGUGGUUCAACCACAAAAACGCUUUUAGAAAGAAUUUCAUUUCUGGGGGCUUAUGCUUAACAAAUAUUUUCUAAUUACCUUUGUUAAUCAACCUGCUGUAGAGAUUUAAUAAAUGUUCUAGAAGAGA